CAUUUGGAGAUAUUUCAUUAACUCCCUGCUGGGUUAACACUGCGUGUCUCUCAUCAGUCACCAGAAUAUGUCGUUGACCAACACAAAGACGGGCUUUUCUGUGAAGGACAUUUUGGAUCUCCCCGACACGAACGAUGAGGAAGGAUCUAUCACGGGAGCCGAGGAAGAUGCAGAAGGGACGGAGACGACAAAAACCAGCGGGGUCUUGGUGCAGAGUCCUUUAGAAAACGUCCAGAACCUACCCCUUAAGAACCCUUUUUACGAUAACAGUGAUAAUCCCUACACAAGAUGGCUUGCCACCACGGACAGCAUCCAGUAUUCAUUGCAAGGUCUGUCGGCUAAUUCCCAGCAGGACUCCUCGACCAAAUCCCCCGAACCGUCCGCCGACGAGUCGCAGGACAACGACAAGGAAACGUCGAGCAGCGGCAGCGACUCCGGCAAGAAGAGGAAGAGGCGGGUGCUCUUCUCCAAGGCGCAGACCUACGAACUGGAGCGCCGCUUCCGGCAGCAGAGGUACCUGUCGGCGCCCGAGAGGGAGCACCUGGCCAGUUUGAUCCGGCUCACGCCCACCCAGGUGAAGAUCUGGUUCCAGAACCACCGGUACAAAAUGAAGCGAGCUCGCGCCGAGAAAGGUAUGGAAGUGACCCACCUCCCCUCCCCCCGGCGGGUGGCCGUGCCCGUGUUAGUCAGGGACGGGAAGCCGUGCCACACGCUCAAAGCUCAGGACUUGGCGGCCACUUUCCAGGCUGGAAUACCCUUCUCGGCAUAUAGCGCCCAGUCUCUCCAGCACAUGCAAUAUAACGGGCAGUACAGCGCGGCGGCGACGCCGCAGUUCCCCGCAGCGCAUCAUUUGGUGCAGCCCCAGCAGUGGACCUGGUGAACACCUAGGAGAGACUAGCGGGAGCUGCCUGCGCUUUAGAAGAGCGCGAUAGGGAGUUCAAAGGAAAAAAACAAACAAACAAACAAA